AUGGGGUUCUUUUCCCGACGUUCGCACGAGUCCGACGGGCUUGCCGCCGGCCGGGUCGCUGUGGCGGUUGCUGAGGAGCGCGCCAAAGCUACGUCGGGCUCCUCGGGCGACGCGAAGCGCCGGACCGACGGUACGUACUCGGAGGAGCGAAGGCUGACGGCGCAGGCGUCCGCGGUGCCGGCGAACGACGACGAGCUAUGCCGAGCGGCCGAAAACGAGUUUUUCGCGGCAAAGCUCAGCGUGCCCAUCCAGAUCCCCGGCAAGCACGGCGACCAGAGCACGGCCAGCUCGGUGGACGGCUACGGGUUCGGUUUCCGCCCCCCGCACGAGCUCACCAAGGCCGUGGCCGACAUCGACCCGUUCGGCGAGAGCCCGACGUGCGGCCUCAAGCGCGAGCGCCUCAAGCAUCGCUCGAAGGUCCUCAUCGCCACUGGCUUCGUCGAGCGCGACGACACGGACCCGCCGAGCCCGGAAGGCGACACGCCGACCUGCCAAAACAGCCAGCGGCGCGCCCCGGGCGACACGCGGUCGCCGCUGACGCCCGUCCGGCUGAACCCGUUCUUCACGUUCAGCGACGACGCGGACGAGGACACCGACAACGGCAACGUCUUCUGCGAGUAG